AUGCGCAUGCUCAGGAACUCUACCAGAGGUCUCUCGCCUAAACAGCGGCGCCUCCUUUAUAGAUCGUGCAUUGUACCCAUUGCCACAUAUGGCUAUCGUCUCUGGUAUUUUGAAGGCGCCCGUAAUAAAGGUGCCAUGAGCCAGCUCAAGCGGAUGCAGCAGAAAGCUGCUCUUUGGAUUACAGGUGUGUUCCGCACCUCACCCACAGGCAGUCUUGAGGCCUUGGCAGGUCUCAUCCCUGUCCACCUCAUGCUGAAGAAACUGGCGAUGUGUGCAGUGUAUCGCGUCGCUACCCUCUCAGGCACUCACCCUCUCCACUCCAUGAUGGGCGAGAGGCUUCUCAAAUGGGCUGAACCUCACAUUCGCUCUGUCGUGUUGAUGACCCCAGCUAUGCAGGGGAAAGUCAAGAGCACCAUCAUGGAGGUGGACGAACACGUCCACACCUUAACUGAGAGCUUUGAGCCCUUUGCACCUGAAGCUCGCCCAGGUGAUUGGCUACUGGACCACUUUGUGGACCAUCUCCAUGUUGACGAGCGUGAUCCUACUCAGGAUAGGUGCCUGUAUCUCAACAAGUUCAUCACGAAAGCGAGGGCCGAUCCUUUGACAGUACUGGCUGCAACCGAUGGCUCAGUCCCUUGGUCCAACCAGUAUCAGGCAGCUUCGGCUGCCAUCAUCUACAAGGGACAUUGUGAGCUUGAAAGGACUCGCUAUGUCUCUGGCAGAGUUACCGCCCCUGAUGCGGAGCUCAAUGCCAUUGCAUGUGCAGUGCGCCUUGCUGUUAAGCAGGCAAACUGCCAACAUAUUAUGGUCUUUACUGACUCCAUGGGCUUGGCCCACAGAGCAGUUGACCCCUCUGUACAUGCUGGUCAGGCUUUUAGUCUGUCAGUUUGUUGUGCUCUCCAAGACUGGUUUGAGGCAGAUGAUCUCCACCGCAUCACCUUUGUUUACGUUCCAUCUGCUUUGUGGUGGGAUAUUCAUGGUGAAGCAUAUAAGUACGUCACCAAACUCAAAGUCAGGAUCGGACGUCGCAAGACAGACAAUUCUAUAGACGCGCUACGCUCCCGAGCUGUGCACUCAAGUCUGGAUGCAUGGGCUUUCAUGUUCCAAGAUCGUACUUACCAAGGCUCUGAAUUCUUGGAGCUUCAACAGCCUGACGGGCAGCCGAUCCAGCCAUCGUACCUCAAUGGGGGACCUUGGCUUUCAACAUUCAGACACAGUAUCACUGAGUUCGCUCGCGUUUGCCGGUGUAUAACUGGCCACGCGCCCAUUGGAGCAUACUACCGUCGCUUCAAGAUCAAUGAGCCUCAUGGCUGCACUUGCGGGGCUGCUUUGCAGUCUCGCCAGCAUGUCCUCUUUUGCUGCCGCAAUAGAUAUUCUGUACAUUAUCCCCGUUUUCUCUGGGAUAUUGCAUUGUUUCUGAAGCACAACCCUAUGGUGUUUGGCUUCAACCGGGACCCUUCAGGGGUUGGAUAA